GAUUUGCAUUUAAUCAUUUUGAAAACCCUUCCUUGUUAUAUUUCCAUAUUUUACGUCAUUAAAAUUUACAAUGGCAGACGGUUUGCGGCGCGUGUUUAUUGAUUACUGUGGAGCAAAUAGGCAGACAAACAACAGAGCAAAAUUUCAGCGGGAUUUUGUGCAGCAGCUCCACGUAUUGCGACUGCAACUGACACGAUGUCAUAGUGCGUACGAGUGUGCAAAGUCGCUCCCUGAACUCGGACCACUUUUGACCACACUGGCCCGAUCACGCGUGGUGGCGCAAAAUGGACAGAUGUGCCGGGCGGUCGUUGGAACAGCCAUGGAGUAUAGCAAAGUGCUGUGCCAGGGCGUGUACUCGAACCAAAAGGCGUCGGCAUGGCUGUCGCAGUUAGUUAAAUCUAUGCUGGGCAAUCCGGGGCAGACAGAUACUACACUUUGGCUGCAAAACAUGGCUGUAUCCAGCGAUUAUGUCAACACACAGCGGUUUAUCCUGCGGCACAUGGUGCAGAUGGUGAGACAUGAAAGCACAAAGUGGGACAGGGCAAAAUGCUGUCAGUUGUGGAGGGAGGCAUUCUCGCUGUGCAGCAGCGAUGAAGACAGUGUGUCCGAGCUUGUCGCCGAGCUCAUUCCUGGUCUGGAUAAGACCGGAUGGGCGGUUUUGGAAGGACACGAAUUGGUUGCGUCAUACGGCGUUAUAUUGCUUGUCAGAAUGCCAUUGGAAAUGUCGCUAGAACUAUGGGGACGGAUGUCUAGGAUACGCGCUCAAUUAGUGUUUUACAUAUUGUCAGAGCCCUGCACUAAGGGUCUACUGACAGACAGUACAGCAUGUAGCGUGCUUGCAGGAGACAGUCAGCUGCCAAAGUUACUACACAGGAUUUUCGCUACUGACUCGCUAGCCAGCCAAUUUGUGCAGGACAUCUCGAGGUUGGUGUUGGCAACAAGAGACACCCGAGUGGUUGACAUGUGGAAGCGGGUUUGCCGCAAAAACCUCGACGCCAUGCAAGCAAACAAAGCAGAGAUGUUUGGCGGUCAUUCGGGUGGUCAUAUUGUCGAAUUGUUUGGAUCCAUGACAAUGGAGCCCGCACAUUUGAAAGGGCAGUGGGAUUGUGUGUUGGGUGCCAGGCAUGCUUUGCCCGUCGAGCGAAUCUCGCUGUGGCUGGGCGUUGUUGCUGUGGCGAGCGAUGACUUUUCUUUUGCAGUUCUUGACUGGCAUUUUGGAGCAAAAUCGAUGGAAAGGCUAGGAAUUGCCAAUGAUCACAAUAUAAAGUCAAUACCGACACGGCAGGAAUCCAGCUACACCAGCUUCGUCAUUGGGCGAGAAAUAGCGCUAGAAGUUGCAGCAUUCGCAUGGGCGCCGUUGAGCCGCCCGGCCGUGGCUAAGAGCAGCGUACUGGCAGAGUGGGCGCUGCGCAGUAGCCCGGCCCAGCAGCAGCAGUAGAGAAAGUUACAAAUUGUGAGCUUUAAUAUGCCUGUUUUCAUUUGGAAAUAAAGUGAUAACCUGUACGCAGUAAAGAAAUUUUCUCGCCAAAUAGUACACUUGCGAGCAGCGCAGGCAGAGAGACAGGGAGAGAGAAACAAAAGGCUCAGAGCGGGGAUAUCGCAGAAUUGGGGCAAAGACAAAUGAAGGUAAAAUCAAGAAGCAAAGAAACAUCAGUAUAACCCGCCAUAAUGCCGCCCAAAACGAGCGCUGGGCCGCUUGGGAAUGGAACAGCCGAUCACGCUAAAUGAAAUAAUUAUUUUGUUUUGCAGUGUGCCAAAGAGAGCAAAGCAAAGCAGAGAACAAUAAUAAUAAUAAUAAUAAUA